CCUGGAGGUGAAUUGGCAGGUCGGGCUAUGCUGCUGUUCUUCGUGCUGGGGCUGCUGGUACAUGUUGUGUUCUUCGCCUCCAUCUUUGACAUCUAUCUGACGUCUCCCCUGGUUCACGGGAUGACUCCUCACUGGACACCGUUGCCUCCUCCGGCGAAAAGACUAGUGUUGUUUGUGGCCGAUGGUCUGCGAGCCGACACACUUUUUAAGUUAGAUGAAGAGGGAAAUCCCAGAGCACCGUUUAUCAGGAAUGUCAUGAUGCAUGAAGGCAGCUGGGGAGUCUCUCAUACACGUGUGCCCACGGAGUCCAGGCCAGGGCACGUAGCCCUGAUUGCUGGGUUUUACGAAGAUGUCAGUGCGGUUGCCAAAGGAUGGAAGGAAAAUCCUGUGGAAUUUGAUUCUCUUUUCAACGAAAGCAAGUACACGUGGAGCUGGGGAAGCCCAGAUAUCUUGCCUAUGUUUGCCAAAGGUGCAAGUGGAGACCAUGUUUAUACACAUAGUUACGGUGCUGAAAGAGAGGAUUUUGGUGCCCAGGAUGCUACAAAACUGGAUACCUGGGUUUUUGAUAAUGUGAAGGACUUCUUUCGUGCCGCCCCAACCAACCAGUCUUUGUUUUCUAAACUCAAUGAAGAGAAAAUAGUGUUUUUCUUACAUUUAUUAGGAAUAGAUACAAAUGGACAUGCUCAUCGACCAUCCUCGAGGGAAUAUAAAGACAAUAUUAAAACAGUUGAUGUUGGAGUAAAAGAAAUGGUGUCUGUGUUUCAACAGUUUUAUGGAAAUGAUGGGAAAACCACAUUUAUCUUUACCUCUGACCACGGAAUGACAGACUGGGGUUCCCACGGGGCUGGCCAUCCUUCAGAGACUCUCACUCCUUUAGUUGCUUGGGGAGCUGGAAUCAAGCACCCCCAGAAAGUAUCGGCCCAGCAAUAUGAUGAUACACUUUUGAAAGAGUGGAAGCUGGAGAACUGGAAGAGGCUCGACGUCAACCAGGCUGACAUCGCCCCACUGAUGGCUUCUCUGAUUGGAGUUCCCUUCCCCCUUAAUUCAGUGGGGACCCUUCCUGUGGCUUAUCUUAACAACACGGACCUCUUCAAGGCAGAGAGCUUGUUCACCAACGCCGUCCAGAUCCUCGAGCAGUUCAAGGUGAAAAUGACCCAGAAAAAAGAAGUGACGCUAUCAUUCUUAUUUACUCCAUUUAAGCCACUUUCUGAUUCUAAGCAGUACAACAUUUUAAGAAAAGCAAGAUCUUACAUGAAACGGGAAAAGUAUGAGAAAGUGGUCUCCCUCUGCCAGGAACUGAUUCAUCUCUCCUUGAAAGGACUAUCCUAUUAUCACACGUACGACAGAGUCUUUCUGGGCAUCAAUGUUGUUAUUGGUUUUGCGGGGUGGACAUCUUAUGCUUCUUUGUUGAUCAUCAAGUCUCAUUCCAACCUUACAAGAAGCACUAGAAAAGAAGCCCAGAAACCAAGCCGCCUGCUGCCAUGCAGUUUUGUAGCUAUUGGCAUUUUAGUGGCAUUUUUCCUGCUGCUUCAAGCCUGUCCCUGGACUUACUACGUCUACUGUUUGCUGCCGGUGCCCAUAUGGUAUGCGGUUCUAAGAGAGGUUCAAGUCAUUCAAGACCUGGUCGCGUCACUGUUGGCCUUCCCGCUGAGUCGUCUGGCUGGCUCUCUGGUCCUCUUUGCCUUGGGAAUUGAAGUCUUGGUUCUCAGUUUCUUCUACCGCCGCGUGCUCACUGCCGGGCUUGUCGGGUUUGCCAUUUGGCCGUUUUUCACGCCGCUGUGGACUCGAGCAAAGGUUACUUCGCUGAGUUGGACUUCCUUCUCUUUGCUCCUGGCCGUGUUUCCACUGAUGCCCGUGGUCGGCCGACAGCCAGAUCUCUCUCUAGUAAUGAGUGCAGGCUUGCUGAUUCUUCUGCUCUCCCUGUUGGUUAUAACAUUUCUCAUAAAAAGAAAAGAGCGCGUCUUCAGUGAAGAGAUACUGGUACAUAUAUUACAGGUGCUGAGCACAGUGUUGGCCAUGCUCGUGGUGUCCGGCACCCACAGCAGUCUGCUGCGGAAGCAAGGGCUGCCUCUCGCCAACCAGAUGGUUAGCUGGGCGAUCCUAGGGCCUACUGGCAUGCUUUCUGUGCUGGGCACGGUGCUCGCCAUGCCCGUGGUGUAUGAGGCUCUGUUCCCGUUAGUGUUGUCAUGUUUAAUGUUUGUCUGGAUACACCUGGAGCAAGAAACAUUACAACAAUCUGGUAUUUCCUGUAAACAGAAGCUCACCACUAUUGAAUUUUCCUACAAUAUGGAUAUAUCUCAGUUUCGGCAGCUCUAUCUGGACGACCUCCGCAGGGCCUUUUUCUUAGUCUUCUUCCUAGUGACGGCGUUUUUUGGAACGGGAAACAUAGCAUCUAUUAACAGCUUUGACCUGACCUCCGUCUACUGCUUUCUGACCGUGUUCAGCCCUUUCAUGAUGGGAGCCCUGAUGAUGUGGAAGAUUUUCAUCCCCUUUGUCCUUGUGAUGUGCGCCUUUGAAGCGGUUCAGCUGACCACCCAGCUGCCAUCUAAAAGCCUGUUCCUCAUUGUUCUCGUUAUCUCGGACAUCAUGGCUCUGCACUUUUUCUUCUUGGUCAAGGAUCAUGGCAGCUGGCUCGACAUUGGGACAAGCAUCAGCCACUACGUGAUCGUCAUGUCCAUGACCAUUUUUCUGGUGUUUCUCAACGGCCUGGCGCAGCUGCUCACCACAAAGAAACUCCGAUGGCGUGGCAGCCCCAAGAGCCAUCUCAUCUGACGAUGCUGAAGUUGUUGUGCUGCAUCUGGAUCCUAGUCCUUGUUCUCCUUAUGAGCUCUGCCGCCAAGCCGUCAGAUCCCACCAAGGGGUCGAAAAGAAGAAGGAUGCUGAUGCGUGGCAUUGUCUGCUCCUCAAAGGGAAACGAUAUUUGGAAUUCUGAACUGACAGGUUAUGGGACACGAGUUUCCUUUUAUGCAGACAGCUUUGCAUGCAGGAAAUAGCGAUGGGCUCUGGAGGCGGACGGAGGACAGCGCCCCCAUUGCCCUGGUUGUCUUGACCGGCAGCUCUUCUCGUGGAUGCUUCUCCUUUUCCCCUGCAGCACCCGGCCUCCCCCUUACAGCUUCCCAUGCACCCCAAGGACCAUGUGUUCCCGUGGGGGCGGAGUCUGCGAGGAUUGACUGUACCCCGCAUCAGUGAUGUGGCUGAAGGGAAGGGGACUCUGCGGGUGGCACCAGAGCCACCACUAAACCGUGUCACUGGGAUGUGCCGUUAUAAUUCACUGACACGACAGAGGGAAAGCCGCUUGCAGAUGUGUGCCAUUUCCUUCGGUGUGCACUGCUACUGUCUUGCCUGCCCCACGCAGUUCAAGUGAUGACCUUCUCAUGGUCAGCCAGCACAAUGGAGAUUAAACUUUCACUCUUCUCCCUCCGUCUCUGGAUGCUCAAAGAAUCUUGUGGCAAUAGCCAAGCAGAAGUGCCAGGUCUUCAUGUUUAACCCACGGGGAAGCAUUUAACAAGCAGGAUUUCAGUGGCAGGCUCCACAUCUGUUAUGCCUACAGCAUUGUUUUAUAGAUCAGCGCUUAAACUUUCUGGCAGUAUCAGAAGAAUUAGUCUGACAAUUACUGUUUGUUCUGGCUAUAUAACUCUAACCCAGAGCCCUUUCAGUAAAUCUAGAUUUCCAUUUGUAAAACAAUUCUAAUGGACAUAGUAUUUUGAGAGCAAGUUUUAUGUGAAUUUUGCAUAGAGUGACCUUUACGUAUCACUAUGGACUUGGCUUUUUGCUGUAGACACACAUUCUUUUUUUUUUUCCUUCCUCUUGGUACUACAAAUGUGGUGUGCCAGUUGCUUUUGGCUGGAGCUAAACUCUGCUGGUGUGAGCUUCCUUUUUACACACACACAUAUGUGUGUGUGUGUGUCUGUGUGUAACUUUUGGAUUAGGUUACGAUGCUGUUGUUAGGUGCCAUCAAGAUGGAUCUGACACUAACUCACAGUAACGAUGGCAGUCUCUCUGCAGAUGACUAGCAUUUUGAACUCAGCGGGUGAGUGAACACAUUCACUUCAGCGGACUUGAACAUCAGCUGGACAAAGUGUGCUUUCUUCGUGUCGAGUUGUGAAGAAGCGUUGUUGUGCCUUGUUUGUGUGAACACUUGGUGGCACCGCAGCAGAAACAUAGGACGAGAAAGGGAGAAGCGAGGGUGUUGCUCUGAGGCACCUGCUGCAGGCUGUAGUCUGACCUCAGCGGACACUUAAGAAGCUACUGCUUGAGCGAUACUGGCAGCUCGAUGGAGUGACCUGCUAUCUUCUCAUUAGUUUUUCACACGUCCAAGGAAACACAUUCUGUACGCACGUGCUGUUUAACUUUCCCCAGGAGUUCCCCGGGGACUCAGGCUGCACGAUGUACACACUGUGAGGGGCCCGGUGCCCUGUCUGUGCUGGCGGAGGCUGGCUUUGUCUUGCUGUUGCUGGGUGGUUGUGGGAUGAGUUUGCAAAAGGGGACAGUGCAUGGUGACCAGAACUGGACUGCUCUGACUGUUCCCCGGGAAGCAUUUGCUCCUGGGCCGUUGCUGGGACAGGCCCACUCCAAGCCUCUGGUUCCCUAGUGUGUAUGAAAGUGAUGUUGACGCUGCACCAUGGCUGGUCUGUACAGUGUGUACAGCGGCAUGACGAGAAAGUUUGAAAUAGUGUCCAGUGCCCACAUUGUGCCCCAGACACGCCCAUUGGGAGAUUGGCACCAAUAGAGCCACACGCUGCAGGAUUGCCCUGACCUUGCCCCGUCCUGUUUGUGACAUGCGGGAAGCCAGGCCUGCCAGAACCUGGGGUGGUGAACCUCUGUCAGCGUUGUAAAAGGUCUAUUUUUAUAUUGAAUUCAGAGAAAAAUAAACAAAAACAUUGUAUUUGUU